AGGGUCUAUGCGCCGUGAUGUGAGGAGGAGGAGGUCAGGAGGGUGAUGUCAGCAGUCAGGACCCGCGAGGUGUAUGCGAGCUGGUGUCUGCGAGCCGGGUGGAGGCGAGGAUUCAUCUCCGGGCCUCAGGCAGCAGGUUUCACCCUGGGCCUGGCUUCAUCGCCAUCCUGUCGACGGCUUGCUCAUUUCAGGCUCUGUUUUACUACUGUUCGGAGAGGCAAUAGUGGUGGACUCCCUGGCCUCGGUCCAGCGCGAGAGCCGGAGCGGAGAUGGAUACUGGUGCUCUGCGACAGGGUGAACUUAGGCCCAACCCCGAGCCAGAGUCUGCUCAGGAGAGAGUUAAGUGCAUCUGUAGGAUCUUCUCAGUAUAGCUUGAAGAAAGUGGAUCUGUCUCCAUUGGAAGGUCGGAAGUUCUAUUUCGAUACUCAUGCAGUGGUACGACAACUGGAAGAAUAUGGCUUCACCACUAAGCAGUCCGAGGUUGUGGUAGCUGCUCUGUUGAGAGUUAUGCACUCCAGCAUGGAAGUUACGUACAAGGACUUUGCAACCAAAAUUCAACAAGAGAUAAUGCUUCAGCACAUUAUGUCGCACAUGACUUCUGUGAAAAAGGACAUGAUCAUAUUGGAAAAGAGUGAGUUUUCAGCAAUACGAGCAGCGAAUGAAAAAUUGAAAAUUGAAUUGCAACAACUCAAAAAGCAGUUAAUAGAUGAAGUUGUCAAAGUUUCAUCAAACAACAAAUUGGACAUGAAUUUGGAAAAAAGUAGAGUUCAAGAAAUGUUGACAGAGCAUGAAAGGAGAGUACUGGAAACCAGAGCUGAUAUUGUAGAGUUGCAUUCGCAGCAAAACCGAGCUGUGACUCAAAUAAACCGAAAGAUAGAAACUGAAGUAGCAGGGCUCAAAACUCUGUUGGAAUCCCACAAGCUUGAUACCAUUAAAUAUUUAGCAGGUUCGGUUUUCACGUGUCUUACCGUAGUACUUGGAUUUUAUCGCUUAUGGAUAUGAAGUUUAAUCCCUCACUGGACCUUAAUAUUCAUCCUCAAGGUGUCAGGAAAAUGAACCAUAGUGAUUGUUUAUAAAUAUCUGGGACUUCAUCAUUUGAAAAGCUUGGAUGCCUUAAAGAAUCAAGACUUUCGCAUAUUAGUUUACUUCAAAAAACCUGCGUAAAUCUAUUGAAUUUUUUAAAUGUAAUAUAUGUAAGAAUCUUGUUACCAAAUUUGGUGUUGAUAAAAUAUGUAUGACUAAUGUAAAUUGUGUGGAUUGCACUUGUUAAUUUUGUACUAAUUUAACAAUUUAAAGCCUUUUUGCAUUUUUUCAACUACAAACAUGUAUUUAGUUUCCUCAAAAAUAAAUUUUUUCCACUUCUGUUGGGCAACCACAGAUUAAGUUCUCAGUGUUCAUAAUUAUAAAGUGAUGCACAAGAUCAUUUUGCUGUUUGAGUAGUAAUGGCUUAGACUUCUUGGGUACAAGCUAAAAAAAAAUGCUCCUAGAAGCUGAUGAGCAAUCGUUUAACAGUGAAGACACAAGUUUGGGAUAUUUUCACAUCUACAGAAACCAAAGCAAGAAUUGAAAAGUCACAUUUUUAAAUUUGUUUGCAUUGUUUCUAAUUCAUUUGGUAUAGAUCAUGACUAUUUAGGAACUAUUUGGUAAUAAACUGUCAUCGGUUACUGCUGGGGUUAAUCUCAUAAAUAUCAAAAGCAUUUAAGGAAUGAUUUGCUGGUUCCUAGUGCUUCUAGGAGAACUAUGUGAAUGAUGCAUCACCUUCAGUCAGUGGAGUAUCACGUCAAUGCCCAUAGUUUCAUAGAAUCUGGAUCUGCAGUGUUUUGUAAUGAGUCGAAAACAUGUAGAUAAUAUGAACAAGAAAAGCCAAAUGUAUUUCCUUUCUAUCAGGCUUUAAUUUCUUUUUCAACUUGUCUUGCAAAGCAUUUCUCUAUCUUCAGACUCUCACACGUAGUUGUUUCUACCACCUUGCCUGAUCAAUCUUUCCGAUUGUUAAAACAGAGGUGACAUGAGUGACUGCUGUGGCAUCACGAUAGCAUUUGACUGAGCAUGGCAUCAAGGAGCUCUAACAAAACUGGAGUCAAUGGGAAUCGGGGGAAAGCUUUCUGCUGGUUGAAGUCAGAGUAGAGGAUUAUAUUCAUGUGGAGCAAAGCCACACAGACCAGGGAAAUCUUGAGUUCAGCCAACAUUUAAUGAUGAAUUAAUUAAUCUCGGUUUAGGUAAUGUUAAGGUUGUUGCAAUUGGCCUCAGCACCUCUGCUAAGAGGGGAAAAAAAUCAGCUUUAGUUGCCAAGCCUGAUUACCAUCCAGUGACCCGUGCUAGAAAGUAUAAUUGCUACACCAUUUGCCUGGUUUUAGGUGGGUCAUAAUGCACAUGAUGCCCAGCAUAAUCUUGAUGUAAGUUAUAUUUUGGACUUGAGCAACAGUGUGUUGAGGGAAGUGAGUUGUUUAUUAUUGGAAGACUCAUCCCAAAACUGCUUGACUGAAGGAAACUGAUCAUCAGUUUUUCCCCUUAUGCACUUGACUGUUUUAACAAUAGAAUCAUAAUUUUUCUGUCGUAUCUUCUGCUGCAGCAGGUUUGAGAGAAGAGAGUUUCAUCCUUUGAAGCUUGAUGCUGUAGCAAGGAGCUGUUGUUUGAGGAUAAAGGUGACUUCCUUGUCCCAAUUCAUCUGUCCCAUCACCACCUCAUCUUAAACUACACCAAAUACUUACAGCUGCUGCUUUGUGGUAGUUAGGUGAAAGAAAUUAGUGUUAUGUAUGUUUCCUGGGUUUGACAGUAUUGGGUGUAGUAAAGAGCCACACCUAUUUUUGUACAUGAGGAUAUAGAAGUUAAAACCUCUAAUCAAGUGAAAUCUGUUGUACUGACUUCAUGUUACUCUUUAAUCUUAUAGUAAACCUGACUUGUUUAUAGUCUUAACUGUAUUGCCUGGUGGUGUUUAUUAUCUCAAAGGAAGAUGGCUGUGGUUGUUGAAGGUCAGUCAUCUGAGUUACAGGACAGCACUGCAGGAGUUUCUCAGGUUAGUGUCCUGGGCUCUUCAUCUUCAGCUGCUUCAUCAAUGACCUUUUCUUCUAUAUAAGGUCAGAUGUGGGGAUGUUCACUGAUGAUUGCGCAAUGUUCACCAUUCGCAACCCAUCAUACUGAAACAGUCUGUGUCCAAAUGCAGCAAGACCUGGACAAUAUCCAGGUUUGGGCUGGCUAGCAACAUUUGUGCCACACAAGUGCCAGGCAAUGACCAUCUUCAACAAGGGAGAAUCUAGCCAUUGACCAUUACAUUCAAUCGCAUUACCAUCGCUGAAUCCUCCAUUAUCAACAUCUUGGGGGUUACCAUUGACCUGAACUGGACUAGCCAUUGUAAAUACUGUGGCUACAAGUGCAGGUCAGAGGCUAGGAAUCCUGUGGCGAGUAACUCGCCUCCUGACUCCCUAAAGCCUGUCGACCAUCUAUAAGGCACAAGUUAGGAGUGUGAUGGAAUACCCUCCAUGAACCUGAAUGAGUGCAGCUCCAACAAUACUCAAACUACCUUUUAAGUAAGACUUGAAUAAAUAUUUACAUUCACUAAUUUAUCAGGAAAAUUUCUUGCCUUUUUAAAAAUGAAACCUACAAACACUUAAGAAUAAUUGGAAAUUUAAAAGCAUUUCUGUGUCUUACCUUGCAAAAUAUUGGGACAGCAAAAUAACCAUCAGUAUUUGAACCUAUCACGUUUUGGUCUGUAUCCCAGGUUCAGUUCCCAAUCAGUGCUGUUAGUUGAUAUAAGUCUGCAUGGAACUAAAAAUGCCACAAUUUGACCUCUGUGCCACUGUAUAGAGAGAAUAGGAUAAGAUUUUCAACCCCAUUGUUAUUCAGUGAUCCGUGAUGGAAAGUGCAUGCAUGGGGACUGGGUUAUGUCUUUCAUGGUGACCAGUCAGCAUCUACCACCUACAUUCUUAGGUGCAGAGAAGUCACAUGGAUGAGAUACACAAGGGUAUCUGAUGCCUGUGGAGUUUUCCCAGUGGGAGUCAAUUCCUUCCGGAAUAGCAAACAAAAAUUUACCAAAAAAGUUGAAUUUUCUAUUAACUUUGUGUCUGAGAGGAAGUGUUAACUUUGAGCUCACCCAAUUCAAUGUAAUGCUAAUAGUUGCGGUUUCUCCUGUUGAAAUUUAAAGUUGCUUUCUGCAAGUAGAGUUUUAAGGCUUAAAAGGAAAUGCUUUUUGGACUUUAAAUAUUCCAUGUAUUUAAUGUUGAAAUCUUGAGUAUCUGCUCCUGCAGUUCUAUCUUGGGCUCACAUUGACAUUUGUAACGUCUAUGUGAACAAUCACUAAAAAUAAUAAAAUGCAUUUUAACAGGA